CUUCCGCAUCUCUUUAAUCCUUUCGUCUCUCUCUUGCUCGUCUUUCUAUGGCUUCUUACGCCGUUGUUACCGCUGGUCUCAUCCCAACAUCUCCCGGCGAAACCUCCGCUCAAACCCAAACCCCACCUCAAACCCAUGUUCUCACACAACCACCCAUUUCUUCUUCUGAGUCCUAUGAUAAUCCCUAUUUUCUUGCUUCUACCGACCAUACCAGCUUACAACUGGUUUCUGACCGUCUCAGUGGUCCCGUCGAUUUUCACUCCUGGCAUCGUUCGAUCACCAUGGCCCUCGAAGGUCGCAACAAGCUUGGCUUUCUCAAUGGCAGCUUGCCUCGACCUCCUGAUAAUGACCCGAAUGCUCGACUCUGGUCUCGGAACAACGCUGUGGUUAAUUCCUGGCUCUUGAACUCUGUCUCGAAGCAUCUUGCUCCCAGUUUACUAUAUCUCAAGACAGCCGAGGAGAUGUGGUUAAAUCUCACCAAGAGAUUUCAACAAAACAACACUCCUCGCCUCUAUCGGAUCAAGCAGCAUCUCCAGACGCUUCGCCAAGGUAACAUGGAUGUUACCACUUUUUACACUAAGCUAUUCACUCUCCGUGAGGAAGUAAAAUCCAUUCAGGUGACCCCUCACUGUGAGUGCGGUCUUUGCAAGUGCAACGUUGACCAGAAAUGGAACUCGUUCUUUGAAUGCAACUUUGUGAUUGACUUUCUGUUUGGUUUGAGUGAUGCAUAUGAAGUGAUCCGAGGACAGAUCCUGAUGUUGGAACCUCUUCCGGAUCUGGAACGAGCGUUCAGUUUGAUCGUGCAACAUGAACAACAACGUCUCCUACGUUCUCCUACUACCCAUGACUCUCAUGUCUUCCAGACUUCGACUACUCCAGAUCUGGGUAGUUUCUCUGUGGCUGCUUUUCAAGGUGCUUCUGUUCGUGGUCGCUCACGCCCUUACUGUACUCACUGUGGGGGUUCUGGACAUACCAUUGUUCGCUCUUACAAGCUUCACGGUUAUCCUCCGGGUUUCAAAUCUCCUGCCGGACAGAUUUCUCGUAACAACCCACGCUCUAAGAGUCCCCUGUCUCAGCAGCAGAAAUCUUUCUCCACCGCAACUCAUGUCCAGAACUUUAAGGUCAAUGGAUCCUUCCAAGGUCAGGUCUCCAACACUGCUUCCUCUGGAAAGGGGAUCAUAGCUUCGGUGCCAUCAUCUGUUGCCUCCUCACAGGCCCUGAGCAUUGACAACUACACUCCUGAUCAGAUCCGAUCUCUCUAUGCUCAGCUCAACGACAAGUUGAAUGUCUCUGGUCCUCAGAUUACUGAACAAGGAGCCCCAGAUUCCUCUGCCUCAUCUUCCUCUGGAUUUUAUUCAGGGCUGGAUGACUGGUAAAGCGGAUCUGGAUCAGAAUCUCUAUGUGCUGGAUCAAACCUUCAAGCUUGGAAACAUCUCUACUGCUUUCUGCAAUUCGACAGUGACUGAUGCAUCCUUGUGGCAUACGAGACUUGGUCAUCCAUCACUUGAGAUGAUGCAGACUUUAUCUGAUAUUUUACGAUUCCCUAAGUGUUCUACUUUGCCUUAUUGCCCUGUAUGCCAUUUGGCAAAGCAGAAACAUUUGC